CUAGAAUGUUCUAGCUCUUUCACAUGUCUGUGUUUAUAACAGGAGACACGCUCAUCUCCUGCUAUUUUAGAGAAGCACAGUUUGUCUCGGUGCAGCAGGACGCCACAAAGGUGUGUAAGUCAUGUCAGACAACAGACAGGACAGGAGGUACCCCCAGAAUCUUCAGGGGGUCCUGCAGCUGGCAGUGGAGGCAGGGUCAGCUGCUGAGGGUCCAGCCCCUUCAGAGCCAAUGUCAGAGGAGAGGAAGACAUGGCUGAGAGAAGCUCUGUCAGAUAUCUGCAAAGGUCAGAUGGACGAGGUGGAGCAGAUGAAGCAGAGCCUGGCUGUCCUGCACAAAGAAGAACCAAACGAGAAAGAGCAAGAUGCUGAAGAAGAGUGGGAAGAUGAGCGAGAACUGGCCUUUGAGAUGCUGUCUGAGUUGUGUGAAAACCUGGACAAUGCUAGAGAUCUGAUGACUCUUGGCGGACUGGAGUUGUGUGUCUCCAGGUAUCUUUGUCACGUCCAGAGUGGGCUGAGGUGGCGGGCUGCCCAGCUCCUUGCCUCCUGUGCUCAGAAUAUGCCCCAGGUCCAGGAAUACCUGCUAAAAGCUGACGUGCUGCCAAAGCUGCUGCAGCUUACGGAUUCAGACCCCAAUCCCACCGUCAGGGUGAAAGCCCUGUAUGCCGUCUCAUGUUUGGUCCGAGAGCAGGAAGCUGGACUGCAGGCGUUCAUUUCUCACGAUGGUUUCUCGGUGCUGAUGAGGGGUAUGCAGUCUGAAAACGAGAAAGUCAGGACCAAGUCUGCUUUCCUUCUGCUCAACCUGCUGACCUCUAACCCAGAACAUAAAGAAACGGUUGUGUCAAUGGGGAUGGUGCAGCAGCUAGUUUCUGUUCUCCGCACACCGCACUCGCCUUUCCAUGAGCAUGUGCUCGGUGCUCUCUGCUGUUUGGUUGAGGACUUUCAACAAGGCCUGGAAGACUGCAGGAACCCAGCUUUGGGUUUGGAGGAAUUCCUCAGGCAGCGAACCAAAGAGCUCCAAGGAAAAGAAGAAAGUCAGGAGGAACUUGACUUCUGUGAGCGUUUGAGAGUUUUGUGCUUCAACGGGCAGCAGACAGAUGAUGUUGGGAUGGAUCGUUGAGUCAAUUUCUAUUUUUAAACCUUGCCUGUUUUUUUGCUUCUGUAUGAGUAGAAAAAUAGAACGUUCAUGAGCUGAAUCGUGGAUGUGGAGCAACAUUUUUUGUCUGUUACGACAGUUGAUGUUUUGCAUGUAAACCACAUGUUGGAUUUUUACUGUGUAAAUACUUGUUCUGUAUAAAACUUCUGUUCAGCUCUUCACUUCCACCUCUUUAUGUUUGUUCUUCUUUUAUGUAACAAAAACCCUGCCCAUAAUUAGUAUUUUUAUAUUUUUUGGUGUAUGUACAAAUGUGAUUUUUUUUUUCUCAGAACAAACAUUUUAUUAAUUUAAAGUUGGGGGGGUGAAGAAUGAUUUUUUUUAAUCAAACUUUUUAUAUAGAAUUCUCACAGUUGUGGACAUUGGAAAUAUUUAUUGUAAAUAAGAUACUGCUGUUCAUAUACAUUCAAUGGGCGGUUUGUAUUAUGGCAUCACAUGUACAAUCUAUACAUUAACAUGAAUUUCAUGUCAAAAUAUGUUCCAAUAAAUCCCAGAAUAUACAGUU